UUCCGGUCCGUGCAUUAAAUGGGUGAAUUCUUCUCACAGCUGUGUUAUUAGCAAUUCACCGCAGAGGGUUGGAGACAAUUGCAAGGAUGAGUAACGAAAAUGGAUUGCCUAGGGAUGGUGAGGAAUAUCGUAUUUGGUCGGUGGCAAAUCAAAAAUGCUUGGUAUUGAAAAAACGCGGUCUCGACGAUGCUGCUCCCAGUGUCACUUGUGAUGGCAGAGGAGAUGAAACUGGAACAGGAGACGAAGGCUCGAGUAAAGUGAUAGCUAAGGAAAGAAUUGACCCAAAUGUAAUUGGUUGGCGUUUUGUGUUUACACUCGACAAUAAGAAAUACGUUCUGCAUGUAAAGAAUGAUGACACUGUCGAAGCCGUGGAGUUUACAGGAGAACAUCCGCCACCAGACGCAGACUAUUUUGUGAAGGACACGAAGACGUUGUCCUCCGGACCAUUCCGAAGAUGGGAAUUGGGGUCCAGUGCCAGUGGCGACAAGAAGUACCUUGCUGUUAAUAAGGAUGACGGAAGUUUAUUGGUUGAAACAGAGUGUCAUCCAAACACUCUUUUCUACAAAUUCUAUCUAUGCACUAAGUAGGAAACAACUGACUAAACUUUAGAAACUAAAAUUGAUUUGAAUCAGUAAGGUUUAUGCACGAAGUAAUUAAACAAAAAUAAUGUCAAUAAAUCAGCUUUAUCUAAAACGAAUUGGAUAUACCUAUUUUUCACAUUGUUUCCUUGCGAGUAGAAUAACAAUAAGAAUAAAAAAAAACAUUGAAAUGUUAUUUGUAACAGACUCAAUUUUCAAAACUAUAGUUGUAAUAAAAUCAGUUGAAUUAAAGAGAAACUGAUAGCUGCA